CUUUUGAUUCUCAUUUUCUCACUCUUUGAACAGACGGGGAGAGAGAGAGAGAUAGAGGGAACGAACGGACAUAGAAGAGGGGAGUCAUGGUUUCAACGCGACGAAGCGGAUCUCUCUCUGGGAACACCAACACCACCACCACCACCAACAACAACAACAGCAGUUGCAGCAAGAGAUCAUCGUCUUCUUCAGAGGAUAAACCCCCGUCACCCAAGCGCCAAAAGGUGGAAGAUGGCGGCGGAGGUAGCUCCGAGAAGCCGGCGGCGGCAGCGGAGGACACUUCCAAGGAAAUGUGCACGCCGCCAGCUUUAGAUCCCGGGGAAUGCGUGGUAGGUGGCGGCGGAACUGCUGCUGCUCCGAUCUCCGGAGACGCUAAAGGUGAGGCCUCGUCGGCAGCGGCGGUAGUGGUGGCUCCACCGGUUGCGACGGCGGAAGGCUCGGCGCCGAUUUUGAUGGACAAGCCAAGGAGUUCGUUUUCCGGAUGGAACACGUAUCAGAAGCAUCAGACGUUUGAAGCCCCGUGGUGUAAACUUCUCUCACAGUCUGGGCAGCAUCCCAACAUUGAAAUCUAUACAUCUGUUUUCUCCAUCGGUUCGAGUAAAAACUGCACUUUUACAUUGAAAGACCAGACAGCUAGUGCAGUGCUGUGCAAGAUCAGGCAAACUCAGCACGAAGGGAAUGUUGUAGCUGUUCUAGAGAGCACGGGGAGCAAGGGAUCUGUGCUAGUAAAUGGGUCAGUUGUCAGGAAAAAUGCCUCUCAUGCAUUACACUCUGGUGAUGAAGUGGUUUUUGGUCUUCUUGGGAGCUAUGCUUUUAUAUUUCAACAAGUGUCUGGGGUUGCGGUUAAUGGUGGCGGGCUUAAGGCUGCUGCAGGAAAGUUUCUACAAUUGGAGAGAAGGGCAGGGGAUGCAUCAGCUGUAGCAGGAGCUUCGAUUCUGGCAUCUCUUUCAAGCUUAAGGCAGGACUUAUCACGCUGGAAAUCGACGAGCCAGGCAUCCAGUAAAAUACGCCAAGCACCAGAUAUCCCUGCUACAUCUGUGGUUCAAGAUGGUACAGAUGCUGAUAUAGAUGGCAUGGAAGGCAAUUCUGCUGUAAAUGAAAAUGAUAAAGCUGCAGAUAGUGGAGUAGUCAGCAGCUACAACCAGGAUUCCAGAAUAGAGGUAUUUGCUUCACAUUUCCCUUUGGUUUUGGCUUCAUCAAUUAAAUUUAAUAUGAUAUUUACAAAUUGUUAUCAGAUGCUAGAUGAGAGAAAUGAGUUGACGAGGGAUUCACAACAAGCUUCAACAUCAGGCAGUGGUCUGCGAUCAGCAAUGUUCAGGGAAGACAUCCAAGCUGGUAUUCUUGAAGGCAAAAGCUUAGAAGUGUCAUUUGAGAAUUUCCCCUAUUAUUUGAGUGAGAAUACAAAGAAUGUUCUAGUUGCUGCUUCACAUAUACAUCUGAAGCACAAAGACCAUGCGAAAUAUGCCUCCGACUUGACUACUUUGAAUCCCAGGAUUUUGCUUUCUGGCCCAGCAGGGUCGGAGAUAUAUCAAGAGAUGUUAGCGAAAGCACUUGCGAAUCAUUUUGAGGCUAAGCUGCUAAUAUUUGACAGCCAUCCUAUUCUGGGUGGCUUGACUGCUAAGGAAAUGGAACUACUGAAGGAUGGGCUUGCUACUGAAAAAUCAGGUAACCAUAUGAGGCAAAGUCCUGGGCCUCUUGAUCUGGGUAAAAGCAUUGAUUUAUCAGCAGGCGAAGGAGAUGCAUCUAGCCCUUCUCCAGCUGCCUCUUCUGGUCAAGACUCUCAGCUGAAGUUGGAGUCUGAGACUUUACUUCCUUCAUUCGCAACUCCAAAGAGUCAUACAUUAAAGAAAGGUGAUAGGGUAAGGUUCGUGGCUACUGGUGGGUUGUAUCCUAGAUCAUCUACCUCGAGGGGACCGCCAUACGGGAUUAAAGGGAAAGUUAUUUUAGUAUUUGAUGAAAAUCCUUCAUCUAAAGUGGGUGUAAAAUUUGAUAAGCCUAUACCUGAUGGGGUUGAUCUUGGCGAUUUAUGUGACAGAGGACAUGGGUUCUUUUGCAAUGCUUCUGAUCUCCGUUUGGAGAGUACGGCUUCUGAAGACCUGGACAAAUUACUUGUGAACACAUUGUUUGAGGUUGUAUGUAGCGAGAGCAGGAAUUCUCCCUUCAUUCUGUUUAUGAAAGAUGCUGAGAAGUCUGUUGUUGGAAAUUCUGAUUCGUACUCUGCAUUUAAAAGCAGACUUGAGCACCUCCCGGAAAAUGUUAUUGUGAUUGGUUCGCACACACAUUCUGACAUUCGGAAGGAGAAGUCACAUCCUGGAGGUCUAUUUUUCACCAAGUUUGGCAGCAAUCAGACUGCCCUUCUUGACUUGGCUUUUCCGGAUAGUUUUGGGCGACUACAUGAACGGGGAAAGGAAGUUCCAAAAGCAACAAAACUUCUCACUAAGCUCUUUCCAAAUAAAGUUACCAUUCACCUGCCACAGGAUGAGGCUCUUCUUGCAUCUUGGAAGCAUCAAUUGGAUCGUGAUUCCGAGACCUUGAAAAUGAAGGCUAAUUUAAACCACUUGUGUAUGGUGCUGGGACGAUGUGGACUGGAAUGUGAAGGACUUGAGACACUGUGUAUGAAAGACCUCACACUUCAAAGCGAAAGUGCAGAGAAGAUAAUUGGAUGGGCUCUUAGCCACCACCUGAUGCAUAAUCCCGACGCUGAUCCGGAUGCAAGGGUUAUCUUGUCACUUGAUAGCAUAAACUUUGGAAUCGGAGUUUUACAGUCUCUCCUAAAUGAAUCUAAGAGCUCUAAGAAGUCUCUCAAGGAUGUUGUGACUGAAAAUGAAUUUGAGAAGAGGCUUUUAGCUGAUGUUAUCCCACCUAGUGACAUCGGUGUUACAUUUGAUGAUAUUGGUGCGCUUGAGAAUGUCAAAGACACCUUAAAAGAAUUGGUGAUGCUUCCCUUACAAAGGCCGGAACUUUUCUGCAAGGGACAAUUAACAAAGCCUUGUAAGGGAAUUCUUUUAUUUGGACCUCCUGGAACUGGGAAGACUAUGCUUGCAAAGGCGGUGGCAACAGAAGCUGGUGCAAACUUCAUUAACAUUUCAAUGUCAAGCAUCACUUCUAAGUGGUUCGGUGAGGGUGAGAAGUAUGUCAAAGCUGUCUUUUCCCUUGCCAGUAAAAUUGCCCCUAGCGUUAUAUUCGUAGACGAGGUGGACAGCAUGCUGGGCCGGAGGGAAAACCCGGGUGAACAUGAGGCCAUGCGUAAGAUGAAAAAUGAGUUCAUGAUAAACUGGGAUGGUCUAAGGACAAAGGAUACAGAACGGGUUCUUGUUCUUGCAGCCACAAAUCGGCCUUUUGACCUCGAUGAGGCUGUCAUUAGAAGGUUACCUCGGAGGUUAAUGGUUAACCUACCCGAUGCCCCAAAUAGAGCAAAGAUACUAAAGGUUAUCCUUGCCAAAGAGGACUUAUCGCCCGAUGUGGACCUUGACACCGUUGCCAGUAUGACAGACGGAUAUUCUGGGAGCGAUCUCAAGAAUCUUUGUGUUACUGCUGCUCAUCGUCCAAUCAAGGAGAUCCUAGAAAAGGAAAAAAGAGAGCGGGACGCUGCCCUUGCUGAAGGUAAACCGCCUCCAGCUCUUAGUGGAAGUGCUGAUAUCCGAUCUCUGAACAUGGAUGAUUUCAGAUAUGCGCACGAACGGGUAUGUGCAAGUGUCUCAUCCGAGUCUGUGAACAUGACCGAGCUUCAACAAUGGAACGAACUCUAUGGAGAAGGAGGUUCUCGGAGGAAGAAAGCCCUCAGCUAUUUCAUGUGAGAUUUUACCUUUUUCCCCUAAAAAAAAAACCAUUAUUUAUUUUUCCUCGUCUCUCUCGAGACACCCGUGCGAUUAAAUCGUGUCGUUUUUCUGUACAAUUGGGAGGGCCAUAAGUCUGAAUAAUGAAUGUCCGUUGGCUGUCUGAAGCAAUUUGUUGUAUGUAAGUUUAUUUGGAAACAAAAAACACAUUAAUAAUUAGAUAAAGGAAGUAGACAAGGGAUCUAAAAAAAGGUUUCAAGUUUAUUUAUAACAUUGUCUAUUGUAACAUUUUGAUCUUAUUUAAUGUGUUGAGCUUGACAUUAUUAAA